AGGCAGGUCCAGGGUAUCGGAUCUCCCAGUAGCAGAAAGGAUGAUGAGGAGGCUAGGUGUGUUGUGUUAAUAAACGAUGGAACCUGUUUUCUCAGAGAGGGAGUCAGAACUACAGACCAGCUGUGAUAUAAUGACACUCUUCUCCAACACUACCAGAGUCUCCUUCAGGCUUCUUCAAGGACAGGCGUGAGACACCCAGACACGAGAGUGAUCCAGCAGGGGGUUCCUGGUGUAGGAUUGUAUUACCAUCAUGGGUAAACAGAACAGCAAGCUGCGUCCGGAGGUUCUGAACGAUCUGCGGGAAAACACCGAAUUCACAGACCACGAGUUGCAGGAGUGGUACCGUGGCUUCCUUAAAGAUUGCCCUAGCGGCCACUUAACUGUGGACGAGUUCAAGAAAAUCUAUGCCAAUUUCUUUCCAUACGGGGAUGCCUCGAAGUUCGCCGAACACGUAUUCCGUACCUUUGACACCAACGGUGACGCGACUAUCGAUUUCCGGGAGUUCAUCAUCGCGCUGAGUGUGACGUCGCGUGGAGGUCUGGAGCAGAAGCUCCGCUGGGCUUUCAGCAUGUACGACCUGGAUGGAAACGGAUACAUCAGCCGAGCCGAGAUGCUGGAAAUAGUGCAGGCAAUUUACAAAAUGGUGUCCUCUGUAAUGAAGAUGCCAGAGGACGAGUCGACUCCAGAGAAACGCACUGACAAGAUCUUUAGGCAAAUGGACACAGACAACGAUGGAAGGCUUUCCCUGGAGGAGUUCAUCAAAGGUGCCAAGAGCGAUCCCUCCAUUGUCCGACUGCUUCAGUCUGAUCAGAGCACUCCUCGCUAGUCGUGAAAGCAACGACACCCCCAGAAAACCAGGUCACACAUUCACACUUCGAUAGGAGGAUCAGCUGGGUGCUCUCCAAGGCAUGGACUGCGUUUGAGUAAUAAAUCAGCUUCCUAUAUGUGAUAUGUUAGUCACAAAAUCUGCUCAGUUUAUUACGCAGAUGCGCUCACAGAUUUCGCCCAAUCUAGUACUUUCUGUUAAAGGAGGAUUAUAUUCAUUGGGAUGUGCCAAAUCAUUUCCGAAAAAAAUUUAACGCGCUGAAUAUCAGACAGUCGAGACAGCCAGUUAAUUAAUAUGACUAUAAAAGGGAGCUCCUUUUGAGGUAAAAGCAUUGGUCAUUUUUGAUGCAGUUCAAACCGGCUUUAGAAGAAUUCAUCUGGAUAUUUCAGAGCCAUGGGAAUAAGGAACCCAUGUUUUUCCCCCUUUCUUUUAAACCCAAUAUGCAAACACACACACACAAACACACAAGUAGCACUUAGUAGAAGUAGUAGUAAGUUAAAGCUCAGUCCAAAAAUCCAAAUGUAAGUGUACAAUUGAUUUGGUUCUGCAGAUGUAACUAUAUCCGUUUAUCGAAAUGGUAAAGUAAAUCCUUCAGUGUUUUAGUCUCGUAUUGAAUUUGUUUUAAACUUUUUCCGUUUUAGUCUUUCCUCUUCGCCAGCUUACAUAGUUUUAUAGUAUAUAAUUCUGCCACUAUGCUACGCUUCAUCAAGAGCGAUUUGCCAAAACUAGCGUUCACGUCGACCGUUUGGUUCAUGAGCGUUGUCCGUAGAGUAAGCGAAGCUUGUGCACUUGAGCAAUAUUGCUGUAUCUCAGUGUAACCAACAGUAGAUAUGUAUGUGAGCUCCUUUCCAGUUGAAUGCUGUAUUUGUAUGAAUCAUGUAUUGAGAACUCAAGCAAGCAACCAUUAUUUACGAUCGUAAAUAAACUUAGAGAUGACCGUACACAAAUACAACUUUUAGUAGGAUUUGUACAUCCAUAAUAAAAUGCAGUCAUUUUA